AUGGGUGUUUGUUAAACCAAAGUUAAGAAAACCACAGAAAAUCCAAAAAAAAAGCUUAAUAAUAAAAUUGAAAGAGUCUAAACUGAAUUUACUGCUACUUAAGAAACAGGAUCAAAAAAUCCAGGACUUUUGUAAUUAAAUAGCUAUAACGUAAUCAACUCACCUUAAUCCUCUGGAUAUGUGAUACCAAGAAACCAAUAAACUAAAACAGGAUAAGUAAAGUUAAGUGGAUUCACAUAAAACACUCCGCAAACAGGACAAAUCAGCAUCCUUGAGAUGAACGCUUCUAAAAAAUAUUCCAUAAUUAAGAAACGUUAUUUGGACGAUUAGAAAAGUAUAUUGUCCAAUAAUAAGACUGGAAUAAUAGUUGAAAUGGAAACCUAUUUAAAAGAAGAUAAAGAGUCAUCAGAAUACGUACUAUGGAUAUCGAAAGCCUAAUUGGAUCAUCCUAAUCUCAAUCGUAUCCUUGAAAUAUACCAAGAUUAAAAUUCUUAUCAGGUCAUUUAUGAAUUUUUUGAUGGGAAAUCAUUGUCAGAACUAGUAUCUGAAGACAAUCGACUUCCCGUAGUUUAAAUUAAUCAGAUUAUGACCUAAAUAAUCUCUAUUGUAUCUUACUUACAUUCUCUAAAUCUCGUUCAUGGAAAUCUGACUCUUGACUCAUUCUAAUUUAAAAGAAAUCAAAAUGAAAUCUCAAUCAAAUUAAUUGAUCUAAAAAGAGUUAAAAUCAAAGAACCAGAAUCUCUAAAUCUGUUAAAUUUCACAUCUCCAGAAUGCUUGGCUCAUUUCACUAAUUACACAACUGCAAGGGAUGUUUGGGCUAUUGGUGUUAUAUGCUAUUCUCUUGCCUAAGGUCAUUUGCCGUAUACAAUACCUCCAAAUACUGAUUAAAUUUCAGCCAUUCAACUAAUCAAAUAAACUGAGAUUCAUUUUUAAGAUAAUGAUCAGCCAAUUGCUCAGUUUAUUCAGAAAAUGUUAGUCCAUAACCUAAAAAACAGAGCCACCUUGAACUAAUUGAAAUAGGAUGAAUUCUUAAAGCAGAAUAAUCAGAAAUAACUUCUUUCACAAGAAAUCCUAUUAAAAAAUACAUAAUUCGCAAAGCCUUGUUGUUUCCUAUAAGAAAUUAUACUAGGCUAUUUUUUGUAAGAAUUCAACUGGGAACAAUAUCUUUAAAUCCAAAAACUAUUUUCAGAAGGAGAUUCAGACAUGGAUGGCUAUUUAAGUAAAUAGGAAUUAUCAAAUCUGUAUAAACAGUAUCUCAAUGUGACAAAUCCAGAAGAAUUGGUAGAGUAAGUAUUUUAAAACUAUGGUAUUAAUAAAGAAGAAGGAGUUAGUAUCUAAUAGUUCUAGUGUCUAACUGCUAGUAGAGAUAUACUAUUAACCGAUAGCAAUAUUGAAAUAGGAUUCUAGAUCUUCUCAAAUGGCAGAAAGGAAAUCAAUCUCAGAGGAUUAAAAAAACACUUAAAUUCUGAUUCCGAACAAUUGGUUGAUGAAUUCAAUCGUAUGACGAAUGAAGAAAAAAUUUUGAAUCUCAAGUAAUUUCACAAGUUAAUUCAAUUGAUUAUUUGA